GACUCAAGCAAAAUCGGGAAAUCGUACCAUUCAAGUUCCACACGCCCAAGGCCCAAAGCUCUCCUCAGUGCUCAUACAUAAAGGUCCACUUUCCCUGUGGUGAGGUACUUCCUUUUGCAAACAUACAUUCCAAUCUUCUCUCCAUCAAACAUCGAUCGUCGAUCAGCAACCAUCAAGACAAAGAAUAAGAACUCUUCGUUUUCCAAGACACCCAUCAAUCAGUCAGUCAACAACACACUUCGACCACACACACCCUUUCACCAAUUAAAUCCAACAUCAUGCCUUUCACAGCAAGCGAUAUCUGCAAGAUCAUUCUCGCCGUCAUUUUACCACCUCUUGGUGUAUUCCUUGAGAGAGGCUGCGGUGCCGAUUUGCUCAUCAACAUCCUUCUCACCAUUCUUGGAUAUAUCCCCGGUAUCAUCCACGCUCUAUACAUUAUUCUGAAGUAUUAAGCUUCUCAUGACAACGACUUUCCUCGAACAGCAAUAAACGAUAUACCGUACUCGACUCCGAUCAUGCGAUAUCUCGAUCGUCUUCCCACCUCUUUCACAUCUUCUCGAAAUCAGGCCGGACCAAUACGGUUCAUGCUCAGACAUAUUAAUGAAUAAUCAACCUCUUGGCAUCGGAAGAGUCGGCUGCUGAAUAUUUCUCGGCUUGAAAUUAGGAUGACUCGGGAGUUAGACAUAAACAUGCAUGAACAUGGGUCAUUUGGGAUGAUUGCAGUUUUCUGAUUAUACUUUUUCUCGCGCAUUUCCUACAUGGGGUUUUAAUGGAAUGGUCUUUUUUUUGUUUUGUUUUUUGGCAGCAUGUCUACGGACAUGUCGUGCAAUAUGGGUCUUCAGGGGGGGAUCAUACAGAGGAACGGAUGGAUGAAUAAUCUAAUGGAUGAUUGCAAUCCGAUUACAAUUACUUUAUCAAAUACAAAACGUCUAGGAAUAUGCA